GAAAGAGAGCGAUAGAAAGCUGAUGCUAAUCAGAGAGAGAGAUUUCACUGGAUACAGCAAGCUCUCUCUCUCUGUUGUUUAGAGAGAGAAAGUAUAAAAGGGUUUAGAACAGAAUGGGACAGGAGCAGAAAUAAAAAAAAAAAGAGGACAUUUCAGUAUAUCUGAAUGUGAAUUCUGAUCUCAUAUGGGUUUUGUGUACGGGAGGAGGUAAAAGGAGAGAGGCUUCAAUAUCAAUUCUUGCUAAUGGUAGCGAGAAAGAGUGUUGAUAAAAGUGAAGUGAAGGGUUGUUGCAGCCCAGCUGAAUUAGCUGCAAAAGGACACAUUCUGCAAGCGAGAAAAGCAAAAACAAAAGGAGGAGAAGGGAGGGGCCAAGCGAAAUACUCUUUCACAAGCCGGAAACCCUAACCCUAGAUAUAUUACUUGAGGUUACCGCCGCCGCCGCCGCCGCCGCCGCCGCCCUCCAGUCUGCUCUCUCUCCCUCUCCUCCCAAUGGAGAGCAUCCUUCUGCGCUGGGGCUGAUCACCUCUCUGUCUCAGUUUAGCAUUGAAUCUUUGCGCUGGAGCGAUUAGGUGCUGCAGGGACGAUGUCAUCGUUAAGUAGGGAAUUGGUAUUUUUAAUUCUUCAGUUCUUGGAUGAGGAGAAGUUCAAAGAAACUGUUCACAAGCUAGAGCAGGAAUCAGGGUUUUUCUUUAAUAUGAAGCAUUUUGAAGAUCAAGUCCAAGCAGGUGAAUGGGAUGAAGUCGAACGCUAUCUAUCUGGAUUUACGAAAGUUGAAGAUAACCGCUAUUCAAUGAAGAUAUUCUUUGAGAUUAGGAAACAGAAGUACUUGGAAGCUCUUGAUAGGCAGGAUCGAGCGAAUGCUGUUGAGAUUCUUGUGAGGGACCUUAAAGUUUUUGCAUCCUUUAAUGAAGAGCUCUUUAAGGAAAUCACACAACUGCUGACGCUUGAUAACUUCAGGCAAAAUGAACAGCUUUCAAAGUAUGGAGACACAAAGUCAGCUCGAAAUAUUAUGCUCGUGGAACUUAAAAAGCUUAUUGAAGCUAACCCACUGUUCCGCGAUAAGCUUUCUUUUCCUGCUUUCAAGAGUUCAAGGCUGAGGACCUUAAUAAAUCAGAGUCUGAACUGGCAACAUCAACUUUGCAAGAAUCCACGGUCAAAUCCUGACAUAAAGACCCUAUUUGUUGACCAUACUUGCAAUCCGACUGCAAAUGGAGCUCGACCUCCUCCUCCUGCUAACAAUCCAUUGGUAGGACCCAUCCCUAAGGCUGGGGCAUUUCCACCUAUUGGAGCUCACGGUCCAUUUCAGCCUGUAGUCUCACCAUCCCCUGGUGCCAUAGCUGGUUGGAUGUCUAGUGCAAAUCCUUCUUUGCCUCAUCACCCGGUGGCAGCUGGCCCCCCUGGCCUUGUGCAGACUUCUGGUGCAGCUGCCUUCUUGAAACACCCGAGGACACCAAGUGGUGCAACCGGGAUGGAUUAUCAGCCAGCUGACCCUGAGCACUUGAUGAAGAGGAUUCGCACAGGCCAAUCUGAUGAUGUGUCCUUUUCUGGUGCAUCACAUUCUCCAAAUGUUUACUCACAAGAUGACCUUCCUAAAACUGUUGUCCGGGCUAUUAAUCAAGGAUCUAAUGUCAUGAGCAUGGAUUUUCAUCCACAACAGCAGACUCUACUUCUAGUUGGGACCUAUCUCGGUGAAAUUAGCCUCUGGGAAGUGGGAUCGAGGGAGAGGUUGGCACAUAAACCUUUUAAGGUUUGGGAUAUCUCAGCACCUUCAAUGCCUUUACAGUCAGCUUUGCUAAAUGAUGCUGCUAUAUCAGUGAAUAGAUGUGUUUGGGGCCCAGAUGGACUUAUACUGGGUGUCGCAUUUUCGAAGCAUAUUGUCCAGAUAUACACUUAUAAUCCACAUGGAGAGCUCAGGCAGCAUUUGGAAAUUGAUGCCCAUAUUGGGGGUGUAAAUGACAUUGCAUUUGCUCAUCCAAACAAGCAAUUGUGUAUCGUAACAUGUGGCGAUGAUAAGACAAUUAAGGUAUGGGAUGCUGUGGCUGGCCGCAGGCAGUACACAUUUGAAGGCCAUGAAGCACCAGUAUAUUCAGUAUGCCCUCAUUACAAAGAAAACAUUCAGUUCAUUUUCUCAACUGCCAUUGAUGGGAAAAUAAAAGCAUGGUUGUAUGAUUGCUUGGGAUCUAGGGUGGACUAUGAUGCACCAGGUUUUUGGUGCACCAUGAUGGCAUACAGUGCUGAUGGAACCAGGCUGUUUUCGUGUGGAACAAGUAAGGAGGGCGAGUCUCACUUAGUUGAGUGGAAUGAAACUGAGGGUGCUAUCAAAAGGACAUAUUCUGGUUUUAGGAAGCGAUCUCUAGGUGUUGUCCAGUUCGACACAACAAGGAAUCGAUUCUUAGCUGCUGGUGAUGAAUGCCAAAUUAAGUUUUGGGAUAUGGAUAAUACCAGCAUGUUGACGGCUGUAGAUGCAGAUGGCGGGUUGCCUGCUAGUCCCAGAUUGAGAUUUAACAAGGAAGGUUCAUUAUUGGCUGUCACGGCAAAUGAUAGUGGUAUCAAGAUAUUGGCUAAUACUGAUGGUAUGCGUUUGAUAAGGAUGCUGGAGAGUCGAGCUAUUGAAAAAAAUCGAGCGCCUCCUGAGCCCAUGAAUUCGAAGCCUUUAAUUGUAAAUGCACUUGGUCCUGUGGCAACCGUCUCUGCUUCCAUGGCUUCAAUGCCAGAACGUCCUGAUAGAAUGCAGGCAGCUGUUUCUAUCAACAGUCUGGGACCUAUGGAGAGUGGUAGGCUUGUUGAUAUCAAGCCCCGAAUUGCCGAUGAUGUCGAUAAGAUCAAGACCUGGAAAAUGUCUGAUGCAGUUGAUCCUUCUCAACUGAAAACUUUGCGGUUACCUGACAGCCUGACUACGGGCAAGGUGGUAAGGCUGAUAUACACCAAUUCUGGGCUAGCUUUGCUGGCUCUUGCUUCUAAUGCCGUUCACAAGCUUUGGAAAUGGCAGCGCAGUGAAAGGAAUCCUUCAGGGAAGGCUACUGCACAUAUUGUACCACAGCUGUGGCAGCCACCUAAUGGAACUCUUAUGACAAAUGACAUAAGUGACAGUAAAUCACCAGAAGAAUCUGCUGCUUGCAUUGCCCUAUCUAAAAAUGAUUCUUAUGUCAUGUCAGCUUCUGGUGGGAAGAUUUCAUUGUUCAACAUGAUGACGUUUAAGGUCAUGACAACGUUUAUGUCUCCACCUCCUGCUGCCACUUUUUUGGCAUUUCAUCCUCAAGAUAAUAAUAUAAUUGCGAUAGGCAUGGAAGAUUCUACCAUUCAGAUAUACAACGUGAGGGUUGAUGAGGUGAAAACCAAAUUGAAGGGACAUCAGAAUCGGAUCACGGGGCUGGCAUUUUCUCAAAAUUUAAAUGCACUGGUUUCCUCUGGUGCUGAUGCUCAGCUAUGUAUGUGGAGCAUUGAUGGAUGGGAGAAGAAGAAGAGUAGGUUAAUUCAAGCACCUGCAGGUCAACAGUCCCCAUUGGUUGGAGAGACAAAAGUCCAGUUCCACAAUGAUCAAAUCCACCUUCUGGUUGUCCACGAGAGUCAAAUUGCUGUCUACGAUAGCAAGCUUGAAUGUUUGCGCUCCUGGUCCCCAAAAGACAAUCUCAAUGCUCCGAUAUCGAGUGGAAUAUAUUCAUGUGAUGGGUUACUGGUCUAUGCUGCUUUCUGUGAUGGAGCUGUAGCGGUGUUUGAUGCGGAUAGCUUGAGGCUGAGGUGCCGUAUUGCAUCUUCUGCCUACAUACACCCCCCAACUGUCAGGUUAGUGAGUGGGACUGCUGCUUUCCCAACGGUGAUAGCUGCUCAUCCAUCUGAGGCAAACCAGAUUGCGCUGGGAAUGAGUGAUGGUACGGUGCAUGUCCUCGAGCCAGGCGAUGUAGAACAGAAGUGGGGCGGCAGUGGUGCUUCCGCACAGGAUAAUGGGCCCCUACCCUCAAAUUCAUCAAAUCAUUCGCUGAACGGGCAACCACCGGAAAUGUCGAUGCCUUCGAGAUGAUGUUAUGGAUGUAGAGCUAGGUAACUAUAGAGGAGGAUGGUAGGAGCCACUCUCCUGAACUAUUACUAAUUCCCUUUAUGUUUUUUCCCCCCUCGUCUUCUUUUUGGGGAGGAGUGGUGGGGUGGACCAAUUUUAUUGGUAUUUACAGGCGUUCCCACCCCUUGUUGAUCAUUAUUAUAACUAUAUUCGUUGUAAAUCUUAUGUUAGAGUAAGAUCAUGCGCAGGUUCAUUCUAUAUAAUGUCAAAUGUUUGUUUAAUAACUCCUUAGAAGAACAAGCACAUUGUAUAUUUGGCUUAAUUUAGGUUUGGGCAAUGAUCCUUCAGAAUGCACGUGCGAUGAUUUGGUCGAGCC